AUUCACAACGACUUUUCUUACACGAUCUAAACGAGAUUCUUUACUUGUCGCAUAAUCAAAAUCAACCGUGAAAGCAAGGGCUCUAGCUUAGAUCUAUCAUCUCCUUCAAAGCUUAUUUCAGGUCUGUCUUUAUCAUUCCUUGUUCGAUUUUACUUGUGUUAAAGAGAGCGAAUCAUUUAAAUGAUUGGCUUGUUACAAAAGCAUGAAACCUCUUAGACAAGAAUCAUGUUCAAAUAAAGUUUCUUUCUUUGUCACGUAUUAGCUUUCAAAUUUAACCUCUUUUUUUUUUAUUUGCUCUGGUUUUGUGUUGAGUGUCAGAGAUGUAUAAUAACAACAACAUGGGACCACAACCUGGGAUGCCAAUGCCUCCUCAGAAAACUCCUCAGCCUAACCCAUUUGGCAAUCCCUUCUCUGGACCUGGCUCUGGCCUUAUCAGAAGCGGCUUGGGAGCUUAUGGGGAGAAAAUAUUCGGAUCCAGCUCUGAGUAUGUGCAGAGCAACAUAACUCGUUACUUCUCCGAUCCACAAUACUAUUUUCAAGUGAAUGAUCAAUACGUGAGGAACAAGUUGAAGAUUGUUCUGAUUCCUUUCCUUCAUAGGGGACAUUGGACUAGAAUCUCAGAACCAGUUGUGGGUAGACUUUCAUACAAGCCUCCUAUAUAUGAUAUUAAUGCCCCAGACUUAUACAUUCCCCUCAUGGCCUUUGGCACCUAUCUUGUUCUUGCUGGUUUCUCACUGGGACUCUACGGGAAGUUUUCUCCGGAAGCGCUGAACUGGCUUUUUGUGAAAGGAAUGGUUGGCUGGUUUCUGCAAGUCAUGCUGCUGAAGAUAACGUUGCUUUCAUUGGGUAGCAGCGAAUCGCCUCUCUUGGACAUUGUGGCAUAUGCAGGCUAUGCUUUCGCUGGUCUCUGCUUAGCUGUUCUUGGCAAGAUCAUCUGGGGUUACUCUUACUAUGUUUUGAUUCCAUGGACUUGCUUAUGCACUGGGGUUUUCUUGGUGAAGACAAUGAAGCGGGUUCUCUUUGCGGAAGCUAGGAGUUAUGACUCAAGCAGGCAUCAUUAUCUCUUGAUCUUUGUAGCUUUAGCACAGUUUCCUCUUUUGAUCUGGCUUGGUAACAUUAGUGUCAAUUGGCUCUUUUGACUGUCAUUAUUGUUUAACCUUGUUGUGAAUAAGAAGAACACAUCUGGAAGAAGAGUGUUAUCUCAAUUACAUCCCUCUUUUUAUCUUCUUUUUAAUGUCUUUUUUUUUUUGCAUGGACUACAUUUCUAACAUGAUUAAAACCAAACAAGGACAUGAACUUUGGUCUGA